AUGGGACAGUUUAUGGGGAAAGCAAAAUUCUCAACACCUCUUGUCUUCCAAUCAAAACUCAUAUGUAUCUCUCUGUUAUACCUCUUCACCACUCUCUUUUUACUUUUCUACACCUUCCACUCUCCAACUGAAUGUCUCUUCACAUCCUCUCCUUUCGAUCCAAUCCAGACUCCUCUCUUCUCUUACCCUUCUUCUUAUGGGGAACACAAAUACGUCAUCCCCACUUAUCGUUCUUCUUGCUCCUCUCCUGUCCAUUUCUCUGAUUAUUGGAUGGUUUUGAAGGAGAUCCAACGUUUGUGCCAAAAUUCAUCACUUUCUUCCCGUGGUUUGAGGUAUUUGAAGGGAAAUAGUAAGCAUUUUGGUGGGAGUUUGAGUACUCAGGAGAGGAUUUCAUAUUUCCAUCUUUUAAACGAUAGUGUGGAGGUUCCUUGUGGGUUCUUUAAGAAGUUUCCAGCCAGUGAUUCUGAUAGAAUGGCAAUGGAGAGCUGUCAUGGAGUUGUUGUAGUCUCCGCAAUCUUCAACGACCAUGACAAAAUAAGGCAACCGAAAAGCCUUGGAUCCAAAACUCUAGAUAAUGUUUGUUUCUUCAUGUUUGUGGAUGAUAUUACCCUAGAAGGACUAGACCACCACCAAGUCAUGUCAAGAAACUCCCAUGAAUACAAUGUAGGUGUAUGGAGAAUUGUUAAGGUCUCGAGCAAGGACUUUUAUGAUAAUCCAGCUAUGAAUGGAGUGGUACCCAAAUACUUAGUUCAUAGACUUUUUCCCAACUCAAAAUUUAGCAUUUGGGUUGAUGCAAAGCUGCAACUAAUGGUAGAUCCGUUAUUACUAGUUCAUGCCUUGGUAGUGUCACAGAAAGUGGACCUGGCUAUUUCAAAACAUCCAUUCUUUAUACAUACCAUGGAAGAGGCAUUGGCGACCGCUAGGUGGAAGAAAUGGAAGGAUGUUGAUGGUUUGAGAAAGCAAAUGGAGGCUUAUUGUGAGAAUGGAUUGCAGCCAUGGACACCUAACAAACCCUAUCCUUCAGAUGUACCAGAUAGUGCUCUUAUCUUGAGGAAGCAUGGAGUCAACAACAAUUUAUUCUCUUGCCUUUUAUUCAAUGAGCUGGAAGCUUUUAACCCAAGAGACCAAUUGGCCUUCGCGUACAUUAGAGAUCAUGUUAGGCCAAGGCUGAAGUUGAACAUGUUUGAGGUGGAAGUGUUUGAGCAAGUUGCAUUGGAGUACAGACACAACCUUAAAAAAGAUGGGGCCAGUACCAGUGAAGUUUCAAGAUCUAAAAGGACCAAAAGGGUUAGCAAUGAUUUGUUUGUUAAUAACAGCUGUUGUAGCAAGUGCCAGAAGUAUCUUUUAGAAAUGUGGGGUGAAUCCCACAGUUGA